UAAAUUCCAAAGUACCGUGAUGAAGUACGCAGGUGUCUCGGUGAAAGAAUCUCUCCUCUCUUCUCUCUCCGGCGGACACGCGAAUGCGAUACAAAUUUCGAGCACCGGCGCGUUCAACGUUUGUUUACGCACUAACCUAAUCUGACGGACGACUGUCCACCGUUACGAACGGGGGCACCUGCGCAUGCGCCGCGCAUUGACGUAGAUUACAGUGGAUUACCCACGCAGCAGCUAUUCAACAGGAACUCACGGCGAGGUUCGCGGCGUGCGGGUGUUGUGACUUUUGGCAUUUCGUUUUAAUCGCGAAAGGACGGACGUGUGACAAUACGUAGAAGUAAAUCUCCGCAAUAAUUAUACCGUUCGUCGCACCGGUCAUGGCUGGUAUAGUGCCGUUGUCUAAUAGAUCCGGUAGGAAACAAUGGACGCUACACGACGGACCCAAAAGUUCACUCAGGCGGUUACGUUCUCAAUUGGCAGAGGAUGGUUGUCCAGAAUCUCAAGUGGUUUUGGCUAAGCAAUUAUUGGAGGAACGAUGUGAUGAUAUUGAUAAAGAGGAAAAUGCUAAAUUGGGUGUUUAUUGGCUGACGAAAGCUUCAGAGCAAGGAAAUUUAGAAGCCACUGAUAUUCUUAGGAAAUGUUUAGCCACAGGUCGUGGCAUCACAGAACAUAACUAUUGUGAUGUAAAAAAUUGUCUAGAUAUGACACAAUAUGAGAAACUAGCUAGAAGAGCAGCCAAGGAAAUGUUUACAAGUUUGUCGAACGGCGAAGAUUACAUCACAACGCAACAAUUGCAAAGAUGUAUGAGGAAUGUAGCGUCGUCUCCGUCGACAAGUAAUUCCGAUUGCUCCCAAUCAAACAAUAUCUCUUCGAAUUCGUCGCAAAAGCUUAGCGACGACGAUAAUGAUUGCUUCCCCAGAAACGAACUUACCGAAAAUUCUUCACCUACAAAAGACGAAAACCGGGCAAACGAUAUUCGCGAUUGGGCGGAUCAACAGGGUGAGAAAAUUACCGAAGCUGCUCUGGUCUCUGCAGCGGCGAGUUACGCGCGUGGAAUGCUUCCAGUAGUGUCGCGCGUCCUGUGUACGGUAGAUCCUUCCGAGCUCGAACUGGACACGAUACCACUGCUGCAAAGAUCACUCAUACAUCCGUUCGCAUCACUGAAGCGUUUUCACAACUGGCUGGUCGAGAAGAUCGGUCAAAGAACAGAGCCUAUCAGAACAUCGAAUCUACAUAUUCUUCUAUUCUUCUUAUUACUUUUACUAUACUCCUUAUUCACUACAGAGAGCCUGAUACUUUAUGUACCAAUGGCUCUCUACUACCUCUCAUUCAUGUUCAUGGCGAUGGCCACUUUCCAAAUGCUUCAUCGAAAGCGUGAGUUCAACGACUUCCGCGUAUGGUCGGGCCUGUUUCUCAGCUACUCGGGCGGCAGUCUAAAUCCCGAGGAGGCAGAGUACCAAUUCUGCCGCAACAAUCUGGAACCGUAUGGCCACUUUUUCCUCGCCCUACUGUUGAACCUGAUGAUCUAUCCUUUGAUAGCUCACCAAUGGACUCCACAAUCGGACUUCACAAUAAUGGCGGUCGCAUUUACUCUCAUCACGCUAUUCAAUUUCAUGUGGAAGGAUUCGUCGAGGUUCCCUGACCUGUUGGCUCUCUUCAGCUUCGGUGUGCACGUACUCGCUAAAUACCCUUACGAAAUGGAUAUGGUCGUGGCGCAGAGCUGGCGAUUUUUGGAUAUUCGAGUACCGACGUUCGCAUCGUACGUCGUCGGCAACGGCAUAGAAUUUUGUCUGAAUUUCCGCGCCGUGUUUUAUCUCCUGAUACCGGCAGUCUUCGCGAAGAUGGCCGCGAGGGACGGUUGGCGCGGCACCUACCGUACUCUGAUACCGCAUUGCGUCACUCUAAGCUGGUGGCAAAUAGCGGUCUUUAGUUCUCAAGGUGCAACAUGGUUCGGUCUGAUCCGAGGCGCCCUGGCGUUAGUUGUCAUGGUAUUAUUUCUUCCAAUCGCCGGCAUCGCUUCGAUCAUCUUGCCAAUCGUAGCCGCUGUCAAAUACUUGUCAGAAAAUGUCUUGGUAAUGAGGAUAGCAGUAACCGCCGUGCUCGGAGGAAUGCCGUUUCUGGCCUCCUGGUAUUUGAAAAGAACCAGGAUGCCGAGAUUUAAUUGGAUUAUUACGCUCAUUCAGAUUACCCUCGGCAUUGGCGCCGCGGCAUUCUUGUCAUGGCCGAUUAUAAUGGAGCUCCCCAAGCAGAACCCCGAUAUAGCGCCGUACGAGGAUGCUACCCUGACAUGGGAUCAGUAUCAGAAUUACUGUCAUCAGCCCGCAUGGGAAGAGCUGUCGUCAAAAGCUCAGGUGCAGAUGCAAUGUGCACAGUUGGAAGGCAUGCCCGUUUCGUGGGAAGGCUACGUGACGAACAUCAGAUUAAAGUCGAUAAAGAACAAUAUUGCGAUCAUAACGAAUCGACUGUCCAGCAAUCUUCGUACGAUACUCUGUUUCUCGAGGUUGUGCGGGGAAUUUUACCAGGAGAACUGCAACUCGGGCGACGAGGCUCGUAGGAACCAUUGUAAAGACUUCACGAACAUUCAGAAGAAGAGGAACAAGUGCCACUUUACGGCUUGGGAUCAGUACGAAUUUGAGAUAUCCGUUAAGAUGAAAAACGGCAUGUGGGGCAGCACGGAGAUAUUCCUCAUCGCGGACCAUUCCUUCACUAACUUCAGCCUACAUAUAUAUCCCGGUGACAAGAUCUGGUUUUCCGGUACACUUUUGAACAAUGGCUUGGAAAAAGAAUCUCUUCUCGGUGGUUCUGAGCCACACAUCGAACUGGAAGAGAUUGGAUGUCUUACGUGUAACUCUCGUGGCUUAAAGUCUUAUAAACGUUAUAGGUAUGACAUAAGUCUAAGCUCUAUCACCAGGUAUCUUUACCUUAGUAUAAAGACUGUACUAAACUUUAUGUUGAAUCCAAUUGUGAUGUUCAAGUGAUCGUAUUCUACAUGACUGAACUCUACUAAAUUUCUUUAGCUUCUUAGGCUCAAUUAUCUAGCAGAACGAUUUCGGUAUUACUUUACUAUUGCUAAAAAGAAAUUGUUAUCCGACAUGUUUUAAGCAUAAUUUUAUUUAAAAAGGAAUAUUCUGUUCACGUGCGAACUUUGUGAAAAGAUUUAGAUCGAACUUCAAAUCAGAAAGAGAUUGCAAAAAAAUUCACGUGAAUAUUAAGAAGUAUUAAGAAAAUUUAACUUUAAAAUGACGAAUCUAUGAAUCUCCAUGAGCUACAAUAUAUUUAUAGUGAAAGACAUUUCAACAUUAAAAUGUACAUAAAUCUAUUAUUAUAGAUUUAUAUUCGUUUAUACAACAUAAUGUAACGGGUCGUUUUAUUAUAAUGGAUUAUUGUUUUACAUAUUAUGAUGCCAUAAGUACACUAUGCUGCGCAAUAAUACAUACAGUAAAAUCCAAAUUGAAAGAAGUAACUGUUAUAUGGCCUGUAACUGGCGUGACAGUUGUUGGCUACGUGAGAUGUGUAAAGCAACAUUUCCUCAAAGUCUGACAUAUGUGUAAGCGUGUCAGGAAUUGAAAAAUAUGAAAGUAGAAAAUAGUGCAAGUGUUUUGAUGUUACCGAUGCCUCAGGCAAUACAUUAUAUAUUAGGCUCAUGAACAAGUCAUAAUCUGCUUCUUAGAGUAUUCAUAUAUUUUUAAGAUUGAUAUAUUUUCCUAAGCAUUACUGCCCCUAAAAAGAAGCGUGAGAAAGAAGACACGCUUGAUAUUUUUGUAUUCCGUUUACAGAGAAUGAUUCAAGGUGAAAAUUUUAUUUUUUCUCUCUUUAUUCUUGUUUUAAUAAUCUUUUCGCUAUUAUACUGCAUGAAAUAGCUUUCUGCUUACCUUUUUAUUUUCUUUUUUUUUAUAACGAAAUAUCACUAUAGUGGCUUUUUUGUGUAAUUUUCAUUAAGAAUCAGUGAACAGCUUGUCGUUGCUGAGCAACAUCUUGAUUAAGUAUUCUAAAUACAAAUCUCAAUUAUUAUUAAUUUAUUAGCCAUAAAUUUAUUACAUAAUGUAAAAUAACAAAUGUCAGUUACGCUGUUAUUCGUUGUAUAAUGUGCAAUGGCAAAACUAUAUACACACGGCAAUAGAGUUUUGUGUCUAGUUCAGCUAUAGCGAAAAGGUUAAUAUUGUAUAUAAUGAAAAUUAUAUUUCUUAUUGCGUGUUAUACGCUGUUAUAGUGGAGUUUUGGUUAUUAUUGGCGAGCGAAAGCAGUAUGCAACGCGAUGUGAGCAACGACUUUAAGAUUCUUCAGUUAUCUACUAUCAUUAGAUAGGAAUAUGAUAUUCAUAAAAAUUAUGUAGUACCGGUUAAACUACUUAAUUAAUAUUCUCUUAGAAUAUACAUUGGACAUAAGAUUUAGUUACUUGAAUAAUGCGGAUUUCAAGAAUCACGGAAAAUGUAAUGUACGAUUCGAACAAGUCGAUGUAUAUUGAUGUUAAGUGUUGAUCGAUGUUAUCGAUGUUAAAUCUACGAAUUAUUAACAAGCAUAUCUGUCUGUAUAGCUAAGGACAGUUUCAUCAUUGUAUUAUACAAAGACAAUAGGAACCAAAUAAGUAUAAUAGCAAAAAAGAUAAAACAGAUAUAGAUGUGCCUUGGUGUUUUCUGUUUGAGUGAUUCUAUUGUUGAUAAUAAAAGUAAUCUAUUUGCUUCUUCAAAGCAAAACAGAUGAAUUAAAUACAUUGGUACGUCAAGUAUUAGCAUUUUGAUGUGCAAAUGUAUAUUUUUGUUAUAAACAAUGUAGUCAGAAAUAUAGUAUAUAAAAUAAAGAAAAAAGCACUAUCUUAUUCUAGUAUCGAUAAAUAAUAAGUUUUGAUACAUUUUGUUCCUCUUACAGAAAAAAACAAAAUCAUUUAUUUUGUUACAUAUAGUAUUAUAGACAUAUUUAUUUUAUAUUUGGCAACAAAUUAUGAUACAUCAUUUUUUUUUAGUAACAUCAUAUCAAUAACAAGACAUUUAUUAAAUAGUUUGGUUCCCUUCUUAAUUUCCACAUAAAAGAAUUACAAUACGGAAUUAUAUAGUGGUUUUAUAUCGAAAUACACAAUGGAAUCUCCCAUAUUGCAACUCAGAUACAUUACAUUAUAUAUGUAAUAUGCAGUGGCCCGUUUAACACUGUGAACAUACGUAUUUUAUAAAUGUGCACUUUUUAAAGAGUUACUGUGUCUAUUGUGCAAUAUGGGAGCUUCGAAUAUAAUGUUAAUUUGCUUUAUAUACAGAUAUAAAAUCUAUGUUAAUAAAGUCUUUUUCACCGUAAUCUAAUCUAAUUUAUAAUUUAAUCUAAUCUAAUCUAUAUACGAAAAUAAUUACUCAAUGUAAAAUAAAAAUAACCGCGCAAGUAGAAACUAUAUUUUAUUUAAGAGAUACGUCUGUGAUUAUUUUUUCUACCUUUCGUUCCAGAAAAAAUACACGGUAACAUUCUUCAUAAAUAUACUUGUGAAACAUUA